UGGCUUCGACGUUUUUUAAAAAAAGUAAACACAGGAAUGAGAAACACUGAAGCUGGAUUGAAAACGGGCGCUGUUUACACGUUCUGCUGUGAAAUAAAAGUGACAUACAUCCUUCUAAAACGUGAAAAAGCAUGACUAUGUCAGUCGCAGACAGGAAUUCUAGAUCCGGGGGUAAAGAAGAGGAGAGCGAAGAUGAAAGCGAAAUUUUAGAAGAGAGUCCCUGUGGUCGGUGGCAGAAACGAAAGGAACAGGUAAACCAAGGCAAUGUGCCUGGCAUGGAGAGCGCCUUCCUGGCCAUGGACACUGAGGAGGGAGUGGAGGUGGUGUGGAACGAGGUCCAGUUCUCUGACAAGAAGGUUUUUAAAGCACAUGAGGAGAAGAUUAAGGAUAUGUUUGAAAACCUGAUGCAGGUGGAGCACCCAAACAUUGUGAAGUUUCACAAGUACUGGCUAGAUGUGACGGAAAGCAAAGCCAGAGUGAUCUUCAUCACUGAGUAUAUGUCUUCAGGGAGUCUCAAACAAUUCUUAAAGAAAACCAAGAAAAACCACAAGACCAUGAACGAAAAGGCAUGGAAGAGGUGGUGCACACAGAUCCUCUCAGCUCUCUGCUACCUGCAUUCCUGUGACCCCCCUAUUAUCCAUGGCAACCUGACCUGCGACACCAUCUUCAUCCAACAUAAUGGCCUCAUCAAGAUCGGCUCAGUCUGGCAUCGCCUUUUCGUCAAUGUAUUUCCAGAUGCAGUCCAUGGCCGCAUCAAACACCUCCGAGAUGAACAGAGAAACCUCCAUUUCUUAGCCCCAGAAUACGGCUCUUUUGAAGACAAAACCGCGAUAGAUAUCUUCUCGUUUGGAAUCUGUGCACUGGAGAUGGCUGUGCUGGAGAUCCAGGCCAAUGGGGAUGCUAUCGUCUCAAAAGAAGCUGUAGCUCACACGGGGCAGUCUCUGGAGGAUCCAUUAAUGAGGGAGUUUGUCCAGGCAUGUGUGCGUCAUGAAGCCAAGAAGCGCCCCAGCGCCCACGACCUGCUCUUCCACCGAGUCCUGUUUGAGGUGCACUCCCUGAAGCUUCUGGCUGCACACUGCUUCAUCAACAACCAGUAUAUGUUGCCUGAGAACUGUGUGGAAGAAAAAACGAAAACAUUUGAUCCUAAUGCUGUGAUGGCAGAGAUUCGUCAUAAAAACCGUCCAGGGGUGCAGCUGAAGUAUUCCCAUGUGUCCCCUCUGGAACUGGACAAGUUCUUGGAAGAUGUCAAGAAUGGGAUUUACCCCCUAAUGAACUUUGCUUCUCCCCGUCCCCACCUCAUACCACGUGCCCUGUCACUGUCCCAGGAGCAUGUGGAGACUGUGACAACCCCCACCCCUGAGCCACAGGAGACGGAGACCAGGAAGGUUGUCCAGAUGCACUGUAACCUGGAGUCCAAUGACGAAGGGACCAAAAUGCAUCUGACCCUAUUUCUGAAAAUGGAAGAUAAGCUACACAGACAGCUCAGCUGUGACAUUCUUCCCUCUGAUAGUUCAAAGGAUCUAGCAAAUGAACUGGUUCAUUAUGCAUUCAUCUGUGAGGAUGACUGUGAGAAGCUCACCAGCUUCCUGGAGGAGGCCUUUGUCAAGCACAGAGCCAGUGGAUCAGCCUCGCACGGCGUUAUGAUGAUGCACUGAACAGAUUCCACACUUUCCACAGAAACUGCCUGCCACCCAGAGUCUAAAAGUCACUUUGAGAGAACAGCAAGACUGGCAAUGAGACAAGGGGUUUGGAUCCCGGGGUACAACCUCGACAGAACUUUACAGAUAGACUCAUAUAAUAUGAAAAGAACACAAACAGCAAUUUUACCCUCCCCCUCCCCAGAUAGCUCAACUGAGAGGCAACAUUGCAUUUUCAGUAGCAUGUCCAGUUGCUUCUACCUAGUUUAGGAGCAUGGAUAGGACUGUGAGGAUACAGUCAAACAGUCAGAAAUGUGAUUUCACUAAUCUCCUGGCUUACUCUCACCUAUAAUUUUAUUUCCUACCCCCACCAUGAGCUUACAUCUGCAAGAAUGUAUGCAUGAAAAUGUCUUUACAAUUUCAGAAAAGCUUCCAAAAAACAUUCAUACUACAUACUGUGGAGCCCCAUGAUUGAAUACAUGUAUUGUCAUUUUAUAAUCCAGUCUUGUGGAACUGUGUGCUGGUUCUGUAAUUUUGUCUUUCUGUUCCCGUGUAGAAGGACUGACCAAAUUUAUUUCAAGGCAUGCCUUAUGACUGGGGUGCCCUGAGAAGGACCACCGGCACAUUAGUCCACUGCACCAGCCCGGUAGACUGGUGUUCAUGUGGGCUUUUAAUUAUAUAAAAAAUAUUUAAAAAACACUUCAAA